AUUCUUAGGUUCACCAUUUGGUUGGAUUCAGUGUUCAUGCUUGUGUCACUUUGUUCCGAUGUUGAUGUAUCAAAUUGGAGGACACCAUUUCCUGGUUCUCAUGCUUUCUCACCACCAAGAGGUUGGAACUCCUAUGAUUCCUUUAGUUGGCUCAUUUCUGAGGAAGAGUUCUUGCAAAAUGCUGAAAUCUUGUCCAAGCGUCUUCUGCCACAUGGAUAUGAGUACGCUGUGGUAGAUUUCCUUUGGUAUAGGAAGAAGGUCCCGGGCGCAUGGAUUGAUGCUUCUGGAUUUGAUGUUAUUGAUGAAUGGGGAAGGGUUAUUCCUGACCCAGAUAGAUGGCCUUCAUCCGGAGGUGAGAAAGGUUUUAGUGAUGUAGCCAGCAAGGUACAUAGCAUGGGUUUGAAGUUUGGAAUUCACAUUAUGAGAGGAAUAAGUAUACAAGCCUACAAUGCAAACACUCCUAUCUUAGACAUUGCCACGGGGAGGGCCUAUGAAGAGUCUGGUAGAAAGUGGACAUCAAAAGAUAUUGGGCUCCCGGACAGGCCUUGUGGAUGGAUGCCCCAUGGAUUCAUUAGAGUAAAUACUAAGUUGGGAGCUGGAAGAGCCUUCUUGAGAUCACUUUUUCAACAAUAUGCUGAGUGGGGUGUUGAUUUUGUAAAACAUGACUGUGUAUUUGGUGAUGAUUUGGACGUAGAUGAGAUAAGCUCUGUUUCAGAGAUUUUGAGCAAGCUUGAUCACCCUAUUGUGUAUUCACUGUCUCCUGGAACCAAUGCUACACCUGAUAUGGCCAAAAAUGUCUAUGGGUUAAUCAACAUGUACAGGAUAACAGCAGAUGAUUGGGAUAAAUGGGAAGAUGUUGAAUCCCAUUUUAAUGUUACAAGGGAUUUUGCUGCAGCUAAUAUGAUAGGUACAAAUGGCUUGCUGGGUAGGUCAUGGCCUGACCUAGAUAUGUUACCGCUGGGAUGGCUCACUGAUCCAGGUGCAAAUGAAGGUCCACACAGAGCAAGUAAUCUUACUCCAGACGAGCAAAGAACUCAGUUUCCUUAUAUUACUGCUACAAAGACAUCUACUAGUGAGAAUAAGGUUUCCUUACAGAAGCGGACAAAAGUAGACACAUCAGAUGCACUUGCUUUGGGUCUAACUGGCUGCAAGGAUCCCAAAGCAAAUGGCUGGACAUCUGAAGCCCUUGCCCAAGAUCUUGAAAAAAUCUGCUGGAAAGAAAACUUGGGGAACAAAUUUGGUGAACCUUUAUGCCUCUUCAGUGAUGAAGAGACAAUCCACCGGCAGCAAUAUCAAGGAAAAUUCCUUUUAUCAGCUAGUGAUGGAGUGGACUUAUGUUUGGAUGCUUCUCCUAAAGAGAGGCUUAUUUCAAAAGAAUUUACAAGAAGUCCAUUUUCACCUUGCAAAUGGGAUGCCAACCAGAUGUGGGAGUUGACUACUGAUGGGAAGCUCGUAAAUACACACUCCGGUCUGUGUGCAACAGGGAAUUCAAUAAAAGCUAACAUUGGCUCCGGUGGAGUUCGUGCAUGGAUUGCAACAGGAAAAAAAGGAAAAACAUAUCUUGCUUUUUUCAAUCUGAACUCAGAGAAGACAACAAUAUCUGCGAAGAUAUCACAGCUGGCUUUAUCACUUCCUCAGAGACAUUUCAAAAAUGCUUUCAGUUUCUGUAAGGGAAAAGAGAUUUGGAGUGGAAAAACAUUUGAAGUGAGCCAAACAAUAUCAUUUGACGUGGAGACGCAUGGUUCUGCAUUAUUUGUACUGUUUUGUUCUUAGAGUAGCCACUUCCAUAUUCCUAUUGUUAUGUACUCGAUUAAGAGCCUGUUGGCUUAAUAUAUAAAAUGUUUUCAA